AUGUCUGUUAAUGCCAAUCAUGCUACCACUUUUGGUACCGAGACUUCAGGCACGGUAGUGGAGCUGGUUGAUACGACCGAGCGCCUGGCCGACGUCCUGAGCUCGCUGAUGACUCUCCCUACCAGCCCUCCAUCCUUAUACGUCGACCUCGAGGGGAUAAAUCUCAGUCGCAUGGGAAGCAUCUCCAUCCUGCAAAUCUACGCCGCGCCUCUGGACCACGUCUACCUCGUCGACGUCCACAAGCUUGGGUCCGACGCCUUCACCACAAAGCCUCGUGGAUCUGCAGGCCAGACGCUGAAGCAGAUCCUCGAGUGUCCCUGGAUCCCCAAGGUGUUUUUCGACGUGCGAAACGACUCCGACGCCCUGUUUGCGCACUUUGGCGUCGGCCUCCAGGGCGUGGCGGACCUGCAGCUGAUGGAGAUCGCGUCGCGGGACCGCUGGAGGCGGAGGUUCCUCUCGGGGCUGGCCAAGUGCAUCGAGCUCGACGCCGGGCUCGGGCUCGGCGAGCGGUCCGCUUGGGUCAGGAACAAGGACCGCGGCAAGGCCCUCUUUGCGCCGGAGCUGGGCGGGUCCUACUCCGUCUUCAACAUCCGGCCGCUGCCCGACGAGAUUCGCGACUACUGCUCCCAGGACGUGCAGCUCCUCCCGAAGCUCUGGGCCCGGUACGACGCGAGGCUCUCGGCCGCCUGGAAGGACAGGGUGCGGGAGGCUGCCGUCGCGCGCGUUGGCGAGGCGCAGUCUGCGUGGUUCAACGGAAAAGGCCGCCACAUGGCGCUACCCCCGGCCGGAUGGGACCGACUGGACUAG